AUUGUCAUUUAGGAAACAUUGCCUGGCAGAGUUGUUAGCCAUGAUUUCUGUCCGUGGAAUUAGUUUUUGCAACUAUUGUUUUUGGGGUCUUAUACUUCUCCUUAAAAUGUGUGGCGCAGGGUCAUCUUAUGUUUGGCUUACAGGCGAUGAGCAGUACAAUAUUUCAUCAGUUGAUAUAGACGGGAACGUUGAAGAAAACUUCGUUUUGAUUUUCAACACAACUUCUCGCCAUAGAAUUAGAUUCUCCACUUCAGAUUUUGAUUUUGAAGCCGGCUAUGUUUUCAUGAGCAUCGGUGAAGGGACUGAAAAAGAUGGAGCUGGUGUGCUUUUUGAGGACCCAUUAACUUACACUGGGUUAGCAAGCUUCAGUGGGUCAGAUUCACCAAGUGUUGUGACAUCAGUAAGCAAUUCAGCAUGGAUAAGUGUUACAUUUUCCCGAAUCCAAAGGAAACUGAAUUUCAAUGUAACCGUCUCGUGUACCAAUAUGUCAGAUAUAACUGAAGUAAAUGAAGGUGGAACGAUAUCGAUCAGGUCAAUGAAUAACCCGUCAAACUACCCAAACAACUACUAUCGUCUAUGGGAUAUCCGAACCCAUGAAGGCUACGUCAUUGAUGUUAUUGUAAGAUCAUUCGAUGUCGAAACCGGGCACGACCACGUGUACAUAUGCGAUGGUGUUGAUAGCUUUUCAAAUCAAGGAUCAAAAUGGCGAGACUGGACAGGAUUAUGGGAGAAUGAGGUCCUAGAAUCACGAGACUUCAUAUCAUCUACCAAUUCAAUCACCAUGAUCUUUACCACUGAUUUUAGCACAACCAAAUCAGGAUUCUGGAUCCAGCUACGAGCUGCUAAGAAACCAGAUGGAACAGGAACAAUUGCACCAUCACCAGCAAGUAAAGAAACAACUAAACCAAUACUUGUUUCAUCGAAUCCACCACCUAAAUCUACGACAGUAUUCUUAUCUGAAGAUCAGGGGAAAAGUCUACCGCAUAUCAGUACACCAUCUUCACAAAUUCAAACAAAAAUUAGAACUAUAACCUCAUCAGUUUUCAUGGCAGCUUUGGUCAUCUUGAUGAUAGUCUUUGGCACCAAAUGGUAUCAUCUUCGGCGAAGAAACCAGAUUCUACUGAGAUCUCAAGCUGCUUCCACCUCUCAAGACUACUUUACCUUAGACCCUGAUAUGAUCCAAGAAGAAACCGGUCCUUUCCAAGACCUGGAACAACACACUAUUCGUUAUGCUGCAGAGGGUCCCAUUAAUCACGUUUACAAUUCAAUUGGUGAUUUGCCAACGGAUGGUAUUGACAGACCAAGUAGACUGGGAACCUUCAUCGGGGCCCGUCGUGAUGUUAGUCUACCCCCUCUCCCAUGUCUUCCGACAAACGCUGAUCGAACCGACCUAGCGAUGACUCGUAAUGUUGACGGAAUGAUACCGGAGGAUUGCAGUGGGCUAUCUCUACCAGAAGAUAUGGAUGUUGCCAUCCAAAGUCACGAUAUGAAGGCUCAUGGCGCGGCCCAAGAGACUGCCAGUGGAAACAACUGCAGGAAACCAAAUCAAAAAGUUGCAAUUGAAGGACAUCAUUACCAAACGUCUGAUGAUAAUUUGUACAUGGAGACGAGGACAGACGAGUGUCGGAUGAGCUUUGAGCACCAUGGGCAAGAAGAAGGAUGUCUGGCAUCUUCAUCAUCCCGUCAUAAUACAGUCCCUUCAAUUGAGGAGGGAAAGCAAAAUGACACGAAUGAUAUAUUCUUUGAUGAAGAUGGUGGUUCUGGAGAAAUAAUGGUAGAUAACAUCUUAUAUAGACCAUGCACCUUCAAUACUCGUUUAUGAAACGUAAAGAGGGGUAUUAACAUUGUCCAAAGUAGUAAACUUUGUCUGACCAAUUAAGAAGUAUACUCAGCUUAUACAUAUUGCCAACUGAAUGUUGUCGACGAAACAGGAGUCAACUUUCUCUGGAAAGUAAAAAAAAAAAGAAGAAGCCACUUGCUGAAAAACGUUGUUAUAAAAGUUUAAAGCUUUAAAACCGGUUCAUUUUCAUUUAGGGCCUACUUCGACUACCUACAUGCCUGACUUUCUGUUGGUACCUUGUGCAUGUUGUGACGCUUAAGAGAAAGAACACACUCAACACAGCAAAAACAAAAGGAAUAAUUUGGACCCUUUUGAUUUUGCUUCUGUAUUAUCAUCGCAUAAUAUGCCAGCUUUCCCCUGUACAACCUAUUGAGGUUGAGUGUGUUAUUAUUUAAGAACAUCUAUAGCAUGAGCUCGAAUUUGGAUUUUCUAUAUUGGUAGGAAGUGUACUUCACGCUCACCCAGGCUGAUACGACAGGUUCCUAUAAAAAACUCGCUCUUUGAUGUGAUU